CAUUAAAUGACAAGUCAAGGGAACAGCGUCGCCCUGGAAAUGCAAGUGCUAUGCCUUUAAGACCAUCUUGCGGGUGAAUUGCAUUUCUCAGUCACUCUGCACGUGGCAGAAUAGUCUCUCUCUCUCUCUCUUUUCUGGACGGGGAAAGAAAUCACAUUGAAUUUCUCUUUCUGGGUCAUGCCUUUGGCACCUUCUUUAUUCCUCUCUGUUUCAAUAAGACAAGGCUACUUCAGUUUGGAGCACAAACAUAUGAUCAGCACAUGGAAAUAUGGUAAUCUGGAUGGAUUCAUGAUUGCAACUCUCUGAAGAAGUUAGACCAAAAGUAUUUUUCAAGAAGAAGAAGAUAAAACAACAGCAGUCAGAGAGAUUAAGUGCAAUUUGGAACACGCGGAUGCUAAACAAAUCUUGUAGUAAUGGAGAGGGACCGGAUUACAGCUCUGAAAAGAUCUUUUGAGGUUGAAGAGGUAGAUCAAUCAUCAAAUUCUUCCACUCCUCAAAGACGGACACCCAAUACACUUGUUCGGUCUACAGUAUCCAGCUCCACACAAAAAUUCCAAGAUCUUAGUGCCAGUCCUUCCAGACAUGUGGAUCCUUCUGCACAAAGAUCUCCCAUGUCCUCUCUGAAAAGAGUUGAUAUCUCUGGGCCAAAACAUCCUGAAACAGUGUCCAGAAGAACAGAGAUCUCCAUUGACAUCUCAUCUAAGCAGGUGGAGAAUUCCACAGCAGGAGCCACAAGAUUUGGCAUGAAGAGAGCAGAUGUUUUGGGGCACAAGCCCCCUGAGACCGCUCCCAGAAGGACUGAGAUCAGUAUAGGCAAGCCUCAGGACCAAGCUCUCCGCAGAAUGGAGGUUCCCACAAAGAUCCCAGAGCCAACACAACGUAAAGUUGACGCCACUAGUCCACCUAUGCCUGAUGUUGCCACCAAACGUGUGGAAAUCCAGGUAACAAAAUCAUCAGAGGCCCCAAUACCACCUGCCAGGCAAAUUGAAAAUGCAGAGCACUUCCCAACCAACCAGCACCUGCCACCAGAACCAAGACUACACCUAGGGGGAAUGUCAGAGGGUUUCCCCAAAAGCCAAGAAGGUCCGGAGGCCAUUUCCAGCUACCCAAGCAGCAUGAUGGAUGCCACUCGAGAUGCUAGCCUCAAGCAAGCCGCCCCAGCACGGCCGGAGAAACCAGCUGCUGAAUUCUCCUAUGUUGGAAUUGAUGCCAUCCUCGAGCAGAUGCGGAGGAAAGCCAUGAAGCAAGGAUUUGAGUUCAACAUCAUGGUAGUUGGUCAGAGUGGCUUGGGAAAAUCUACACUAAUCAACACUCUCUUCAAAUCCAAAAUCAGCCGCAAAUCUGUACAGCCGAGUACUGAAGAGCGAAUCCCUAAAACAAUUGAAAUCAAAUCCAUCACACACGAUAUUGAGGAAAAGGGCGUGCGCAUGAAGCUGACUGUCAUUGACACUCCCGGAUUUGGAGACCAUAUCAACAAUGAGAACUGUUGGCAACCCAUUAUGAAGUUCAUCAAUGAUCAGUAUGAGAAGUACCUGCAGGAAGAGCUCAAUAUUAACCGGAAGAAGCGAAUACCAGACAGCAGAGUCCACUGCUGUAUAUACUUCAUUCCUGCCACUGGCCACUCCCUUCGACCAUUGGACAUUGAAUUCAUGAGACGCCUGAGCAAAGUAGUCAACAUUGUGCCUGUCAUCGCCAAAGCAGACACAUUAACACUGGAGGAGAGGGACUACUUCAAACAACGGAUCACAGCAGAUCUCCUUGCAAAUGGCAUUGAUGUGUAUCCACAAAAACAGUUUGAUGAAGAUUCUGAAGACCGACAAAUAAAUGAAAAAUUUAGAGAAAUGAUUCCAUUUGCUGUGGUGGGCAGUGACCAGGAAUAUCAGAUUAAUGGAAGACGAAUUCUGGGAAGGAAAACGAAGUGGGGAACAAUAGAAGUCGAAAACACAACGCAUUGUGAGUUUGCUUACUUGCGGGAUCUUCUGAUAAGGACACACAUGCAAAACAUCAAGGACAUUACCAGCAGCAUCCAUUUUGAAGCUUACCGAGUCAAACGUUUGAAUGAAAGCAAGAACAUGCUCUCCAAUGGUGUGGCUGACAAGGAGGAGUUGGUGGCCAAUGAAAUGUAACACUCCUUGCUCAAGCUUGUAUCCACGUUUUUCUCUUCCUACCCUCCCCAUCUUUCUCUCUUCUUAAGAACAAAACAAAAACCAUAUAGCCCCCUUGUUGCCUCAUAUCUCCUCUACUGAAACCUACCUUGUUGACCAAAUAACCAAAUACUUUCCAUAGGAAAUGUAGCACUUUGCCCUUAUCCUAUACUCAUUGGGACAAAGUGACCAUGUUGUCCAUUAGACUAUUGUAAGAGACCAAUAGGAAAGAGAAAAUGUUAAGGACAGUCUCAGGAGAAGCUUUCCUUAAUUUGAUGUCUAAUGUAAGUCGUGGAAAUGUUAGCUUAGAUUUUUCCAUUGUAAUGAGCCAGCCAUUGUGUUUUGGAACUCUGCAGACAAAACUAGUUAUCAUGACCUCUGUUUUAGGCUGUUGAGACUGAAAUAAUUAACUUGGUUAGAAGGUAGAGUUACCAUCUCCCCUUUUGACAGAUUAGGAAGUGAACUAUACUUUCAUGGGAUACUUGCCCUAGUAUGGAAGCCUGGUGAGGCUGCUUGAAAAGUCCAUCAUCCUUUCCAUGUGUUUUGCCAUGGUGUCAGGCUAGUUCAGCACAGGGCAUAGCUGCACUCAAGAGAAUGCCAUGCAUUCCUCAACCGUCCAUGCAGCACCCCAUCUUUGCCUGCCUAAUUUCCCACUGGCAGAAUCAUAUCAAUGUGAUCCUGGUUGGACAAUGUUAAUUGAGAUAAGACUGUCCUCUUCAUUUAUACAGGCCUGAUAUGGGCAUAAAGAUGAUUGACAACAUUUGCCACAGUAACUUCUUCCUGCCUUCUGUGGAAGUGGGGGAGAUUUAAAAGUUUAGCAUGUUUCUGCCUUCUUCAUUUCAGUGGUCCAGGAUUAUGGGGUAGCCUCCACCAAA